CACAAAGCCUCGAGUUCUUCUUCGGGCGAUGUCCCCAUGGAUGCUCCACUGUGGGUGUUGGGUCUCAGACAAUGGUCUCAGAAGAAGCGCCCACCCCAAUUCCACUCUUCCGGCUCCCAGGCUGCGAAACAACAGAUUUGAACCUUUGACUGAGAGCGACGGCUGCCUUUCCUGGGAGGUGGGGACGGCUCCCUUCCACCUGACCCGCUCUGACUACCAGAUGAACCUGGAGGCCAUGGCCUCUCUCGUGGAGGAGGGGACAGGGGUGGUGAUCAAUGCGACCAGGAGCUGCCUCAUCAACAUCGUGUCUGAAAUCGCCACGGUGACCUUUGAGGAAGCUGACGCUGCCUACAGGGCUGGGAUCCCCUACACUGGCAAGAUGCUCCUGAAGGCAGCAGACGGCUCCGCACUGAAGAAUGAGACUCUGCGGCUGUUUGUUAGCUCUGGAGACAUUAGUGAGAACCAGACCUUCCUGACGGAUGAGUCUGGCAGAGCCUCCUUCACGCUGGACACCUCCGGCUGGACUGGGACAGUCGCCCUGCGGGGGAACUUCAAGCAGGCGGGUCCCAGUGAGGAGCAUGACGGAGUCUCUCCCUGUUACCCGGAUGCCCAUCACCGUGUGGAGCCCUUCUACUCCCGGAGCCGGAGUUUCCUGAAGAUCCGCAGGCUGGGCGGGGAGCUGCCCUGCAACCAGGUGCAGUGGCUCCACGUGGACUAUGUCCUGGCGAGGGAGGCCCUAGGGCGAGGGUCCAAGAGCCUGGAUUUCAUCUUCCUGGUGAGGCUAAAGUGUGUGUGUCUGUCUGUGUGUGUGCGUUCUGGGAGAUGGGACCAUUCUAUUGCCCAUAUCACCCUACAAUCAGCCAUGGAUGUAGUGGAUACCAUGGCCUGCACUACCACAAUGGCCAUCGUGAUACACGGAGAGCUUCAUGGCUCCAAGCAUUGGGAAUCCUGA